AUGUCCGCCUCAAUACGACCAAUCAGCCCGCCGCGGCCCUCGUCUGCGUCGGUGACGGCUACCACCGUCUCCUCGUCCUCGCCCCCGACCACCAGCAGGAGCACGGUCUUUCCGAGCGGCAGCUCGCGGGGCGGAGGAGGCCCGUCCACAACCGCGCCAUCCUCCGCCUCGUCUGCCCACCCGCCUCCGCCUCAUCCCGCCCCGGGGCCCGGCGUCGCACCGGGAAUCCAAGCCCAGGAAGCCCAGACACAUGCCCACCCUCAUCCUCACACUCAUCAUCAACCACACACCCUCCAUCCCGCCCAGAACCGGCCCCAACAAGCCGGCGCACCACCACACCCCCCGCCCUCCUCCUCCGCCGCCCGCGCCCCAGCCUCGCCCACCAACCCCUCGUACCUCCCCACGGAGGCGGAGCAGGAGCAGAUCGCGCAGGCGCGCACGGCGCUGGUCGCGAGCAUCGGCAACACGCUGGACCACGAGCUGCAGACGCGCGCGUCGCUGCUGCACUCCAACCAGGCCGCCAUCGAGAAGCAGGAGCGGGACGUCGAGCGCGCCCUGGCCGACCUGCGCCGCGAGGACGACCGCCUGCUGAAGGUGCUGAACAACGGCAGCCGCCAGGUCAAGGAGCUCGGCGACGUGCAGAACUGGGCCGAGCGCCUUGAGAGGGACUUCCUCGUGCUCGAGGAGACGAUGAGACUCGUGCAUGAGGGGGAUAGUGGGGGCGAGAGCGGGAGCUGGACGGGUAGUGAGAGUGGGAGCUGGUCUGGGAGUGAGAGGGGGAGCUUUGUUGGGGACGGCGAUGAGGGUGGGGAUGUGAGGAUGGCGGAUGGGGAUGAGGAUCCUGACCAUGGACAGGUUAAUGAGAAUGCCGUGGGCAAGGGCAAGGGGAAGCAGCCGGAUGGUCCCUCCUCUACGAGUGCUAUGGACGUCGACUCGGCCCAGGAUUCCUUGCCUCAUAGGACUGCUGGCCCUGAGCCAAGUAUGCUCGUCGACCUCGUCUCCUCGUCGAACGGGGCAACCGCGCCGCCACAGCAGUCACCGACGUCGACAGGCUGGCUGAGGAGAUUCUGGUGGCGGAGCUGA